CACUUCGCCCUCUCUCUCCCUGUUCCCUCGAACCAACGCGUCUCCACGCGCGGCCCGAAGCCUCCGCUGCCCUGACGCACGGUGCGUGUGCUGCUGGCGGGCCGCUGGUCUCCGUCCGGUGGUCUCCGUCCGGUGGUCUCCAUCCGGUGGUCUCCGUGUGGUGGUCUCCGUGUGAACCGGGCCCCGGAGCGGCACAGUCCGGCUGCGCCGUUUGGAGUUGGAGUUGGAGUUGACGCGUCAGAAAGUCCCCGGCAACUCCAGACGCACAUCUGCAACUCGGGAGGAGGAGCAGCAGGACGAAGACGCACCAGUUGGUUGCUCUCUGAGAAGAUCGUCAAAGUGAAGAAUCACUGGGGGAAGCACAAGGAAAGACUUGUCUCGUCUUCAUGAGGUGUUAAGGAAUGAGCGAUCGCCAUGGAAAACCAGUCCCAGGCCAGUUCAGCAGCUGAGAAGAAGAAGAGAGUGGAGACCAUUGUGGCGACCAAGGGCUCUUCAGUGCGCAAUGACAUCAGUGAGAAGGCGGUGGCCUCCAGUACCACUUCAAAUGAGGAGGAGAGUUCCGGUACGCCUUACCACCGCGAGAGGCGUAAUGCUAUUAGCUCCCAGGCCCCGACCAAUGAGGAGCCCUCCACCUCCACAGAGGAACGCCCCUCGCUGCUCAAGAAGGAGCUGCAUGGUUCCCUGCCCCACCUGGCCGACCACGCCCUGCCGUACCGAGGCACUCUGUUUGCUAUGGACCCCCGCAAUGGCUACCUAGACUCACACUACCCUGCACCACAGUUCUUCCCGACCUUCCAUCCUCCUGUGCCCAUCGAUGACAGACAUGCCCAGGGACGUUACAUCUACGAGCCCUCUCCCAUGCCCCCUCUUCACAUGCCUCCUGUGCUGGCUGGCAGUCCAGCUUUCUCCGACAUCUCCCUCAUCCGGAUCUCGCCCCAGCGGAACCCCUCCGUGGGGGCGGAGUCGCCCUUUCACCCUCCGCACCCCUACAUUAACCCAUACAUGGACUACAUCCGCUCGCUUCACAGCAGCCCCUCCAUCUCCGUUCUGUCUGCUACCCGAGGCCUCACCCCUGCAGAUGUCCCUCACACGGGUCUGACCACAGCUGAGUACUACCACCAGAUGGCCCUGCUGGCAGGCCCCCGCAGCCCGUACGCGACCGACCUGCUGCCUUCGGUGGCAUCCAUGGCCGGCACCAGCAGCGCCAGUGCUCUGCAAAUGGAAUACCUGCAGGCGAUAGACAGCUCUCGCUUCCCGAGCCCGAGGCUGCCAUCGCGGCCCAGCAGGAAACGCCCGCUGCCAAUCUCGCCCCUCUCUGAGCACAGCUUCGACCUGCAGACCAUGAUCCGCAACUCACCCAACUCUCUGGUCACCAUGCUCAACAACUCGCGCUCCAGCUCCUCCACCAGCGGCUCCUACGGGCACCUCUCUGCCGGGACCCUCAGCCCAGCGUUGAGCUUCGCCUACCCUCCAACCCCAGUGGCUUUGCACGUGCACCAGCAGCUGAUUGGCCGUCAACCGGGCAUUGUGGGCUCUGCCUUCGGCCACAGCCCGCCCCUCAUCCACCCGACGCCGGCCUUUGCUACCCAGAGGCCCAUACCUGGCAUCCCCCCCUCUGGGCUGAGUGCCAGUGAGCGCUCAGCCGUCUCCAGCGACUCCUCACAGACCAAACCUACGAGUGAAUCUGCUGUGAGCAGCACCGGAGACCCAAUGCACCACAAACGCUCCAAAAUGAAACCAGAAGAAGAGCUGCCAAGUCCCGGUGCAGUGAGCCUACAGGACCAUCCCGAUGGCAUGACCAUGGUGAAGGAAGAAGUAGACAAGGACGAGAGCAAACAGGAGCCCGAGGUGGUUUACGAGACAAACUGCCAUUGGGAGAACUGUUGCCGCGAGUUUGAUACGCAGGAGCAGCUUGUACAACACAUCAACAAUGACCACAUUCAUGGGGAAAAGAAAGAGUUUGUGUGCCGGUGGGAGGAAUGCUCCAGAGAGCAGAAGCCCUUCAAGGCCCAGUACAUGCUGGUGGUCCACAUGCGCAGGCAUACUGGAGAAAAACCGCACAAGUGCACAUUUGAGGGCUGCGCCAAGGCCUACUCCCGUCUGGAGAACCUUAAGACUCACUUACGUUCCCACACAGGAGAAAAACCAUAUGUGUGUGAGCAUGAAGGCUGCAACAAGGCCUUCUCCAACGCGUCAGAUCGGGCGAAACAUCAGAAUCGCACACACUCAAAUGAGAAACCGUAUGUGUGUAAAAUCCCAGGCUGCACCAAACGCUAUACGGACCCCAGCUCCUUGCGCAAGCACGUGAAGACGGUGCACGGCCCCGAGGCGCACGUCACGAAGAAACAGCGUGGCGAUUACCCACGCCCUCCGCCCCAGUCCAGGGAGCCAGGGGGCAACAGCCAGGGCCGGUCGCCAGGGCAACUGCCCCUGGGUGGUUAUACAGACCAAAGGGAGUACAACCAUGCUACCUCAAAACAAGACGAUUGUCUGCAGGUCAAGUCCAUCAAGACAGAGAAGCCCAUGACGUCUCAGCCAAGCCCUGGCAGUCAGUCUACAUGCAGCAGUGACCAGUCCCCCUUCAGCACCUAUCCCAGCAGUGGAGUCCAGCUUGCUGUGAGCGCCGGACACUCGCCAGGGGAGGGGCUGGAGGAGGACGAGGAGAAAGAGGACAACGAAGAGGAGGCAGAGGAGGAGUGUGAGGGUGAGUCAGCCCCCAUUAUGGACUCCACAGUCUCCACGGCAACCGCAGCCAUGCUGACCCUGCAGGCGAGGAGAAGUGUUGGCCGCCCCCUGCGCUGGAUGGAGCACAUCAAGAUGGAGCGGCUGAAGCAAGUGAAUGGAGUGCUGCCCAGGCUGGGGCCCCUGUCCCCUACACCGCCCCCCAAGGGCUCUACAUUGCCCUUCAUCCUGGGGAAGGGAUCCUGUCUGGGCAGGCAGUCGGGGGUGUCUGCACCUCAGCCACCUGUUCAUGCUGAGUUGGGAAGCACAGAGCUAACAGUGCUCACUUUGCUCCGAGACCGGCGUGACAGUAGCGGUAGUGCUACCAGUUCCGCCUAUCUGAGUAGCAGCCGACGCUCCUCAGGCAUCUCCCCCUGCUUCUCCAGCCGACGCUCUAGCCAGGCUUCCCAAAGUGAGGGUACAAUGGCAGUCACCCACCACCGUCGCCUCCACAAUCUUAGCUCCACCGACUCUUACGACCCCAUCUCUACUGAUGCCUCCCGUCGGUCCAGCGAGGCUAGUCAGUAUGGAGGUGGGCUAGGGGGCGGGGGUGGAGGGAUAUUCUCAGGUGGGGGCUGUGGAGGUGUAGGAGGAGUAGGCAUAGGAGGAGGAGCAGGCUCACGAGGAAUGCUCAAUUUAACCCCAGCACAGCACUACCACCUUAAAGCCAAGUACGCAGCAGCAACUGGCGGCCCCCCUCCAACGCCUCUACCCAACAUGGAGCGCAUGAGCUUGAAGACUCGCAUGGCCAUGAUGGAUGUUGGUGGUAGCAACCACUGUUUGCCACCUGUAGUCAGGCCACAUUAUUGCAGUGAUAGCACGAACGGGUACACCAAUGGGUACAUGGGACAUGCAGGUUACAGGAGGAGGGUCCUCUAUCCUGGUGAAGGACCACUGAAUGGCAACCGCAGGGCCAGUGAUCCAGUCCGGACACAGGCUCCUGAUACUUGUAAUUUCCCCCCGGUGCAACGUUUCAACAGCCUUAACAACCUCCACCCUCUUCCACCUCUGUCUCAUCAUUCUACGCCUGAAACUCGUAACUUUAGCCUCCAGAAUUACACACGCUCAGAGGGCAACCUGCAGAGAGGUCUGCAGCACUCACCGCACACUCCUAGCAUUGCAGAACAUGCAGCCUUAGAAGCCCUGGCCAUGGAGGAUGACGGGGAGCCUGGCCUGUUGCUUGAGGAUGAGGAUAUGCUACCAGAUGACCUUGUGCAGUAUCUCCACUCCCAGGUCCAAUUGGAUGCUGGCUCCUACAUGAACAUUGAGGACCAAUUAGCUUCUGGCCAAAGGGACAGGGGGGAGAUGGAACCUACGUCAGAGUUGAAUAUAGCCUUCCCUGGGUGCCAUAGUUUCCAGCAGCAGCAGAUAGCAGAGAGAAAGAGCCCCAACAAGCUUCCCAUCCAGUGGAAUGAAGUGAGCUCUGGGAGUGCUGACAGGUCUCCUCAGAGGGAACAAAACUACCACACACAGUGUGCAAGGUGUUCAGGCACAGAACAUGGAACCUUAUCUGCACCUUUUUGUAGGUUUGAAAACAUGGUAGUGCAGCACCAAGUGUCCCUUGAUUUCCAGAACAGUUGUUCUCAGGCUAAUCAGCCUCAAAGUGCUUGCUGUGUCAACACUGGGGUGAAGCUAGAGACGCCGCCUAACUCCUGCAUGGAUAUGAGAGGUCACAACUCUACAAACACCUUUGGCAGGCCUAACUUCUCACAGAACAUCGAUGAGCCUCUUCCCGAGGGCUUCAAACAGCAGGCCUCCAGCGGACCUCAGAAACUGAGCCACUUCCACCAGAACCACAAGCGUAGCACCACAUGUCAAGUUGGGAACAACCUGAACCUUACUAGGGGCUUCAUGGACUAUCUCCCCAGCCUCUCCCAGGGAACUCCUCUCCAUCACAAUCGGCAGAUUCAUGCUCCUCACCCUCCUAUAAAUGGUAACAGGAACUUGGUCAGGACCCAGCAGUACCUCAAUACUGAGAGUGCAAAUGAAAUCCAGGCUCCCCCUAACCAGCAGCAGCAACAACUGCAGAGGAGUGGGGACCAUUGUUCCCUGGCACAUCAGGUAUCUGGGAUGAAACUAGAGCAUGGAUACUUAGAGCAGGUGGCUGCUGACUGCCUCUCUUGUGAGCCAGCAAAUCGCAAGGCCUCCUCAUUCCCUGUCCUGGAGGACCAGUGCUUGCUUGACUCCAUGGCUGAGUCAGUGGGACAUGGUGGUGGCAGUGGCAAUGGGAACUCGGUUGCUAUUCUCUCCCCCGGUGUAGACCAGGUGACCAGCACAGUGAAUGGAAAUGUGCCUGGUGUAUUAGAUGAGGGGGUAAGUCUGGACUUUAGCACCAUGCUGGAGGAUGGCUAUGAUCAGGGUAGCUUGGCAUCAGGGGUGUUGAGUCCCUCCAUCUUUCAGGGACUGUCCAGGACCUCAUCACGCCUGACCACCCCCCGAACAUCCACAAUCUUUCACGGUGUGGCCCCUGGCCUAAACAACAUGGCCAUUGGAGAUAUGAGCUCUCUCCUCACCACCCUUGCUGAGGAGAGCAAGUUCCUAGCUAUCAUGCAAUAGCUGCACUCUCUCUCUGCUUUCUUCUCCCUUCAGAAAAAUGGAAAAAAGGAAGAACUCUGGUGUACGUGAAGAUUAAUACAAAAGUGGCAAUUAUGAGAACUUUAUUAUGAACUUAAAGUGUUCUGGAAAAGGCAGUUGCCAAACUCAUGUAUGUUGUAAAAAUCCUGCACAGAAAUGGGAUGUGUCAAAAUGAUGUAUAGUUAAAUAGUUAUAUUCCUUUGCUGUAAUGAUGGCUAUUUUUAGAAGCCCUUCUCUUUGUAUGACUAUACGAUGGUGAGCAAAAGCUCAUGUCUUUGAAACAGUGUUCUGCGUAUUGUCAGUGUUUUUGCUGUACACACUGUUGGUAAAAAAAAGAAAUGCAUGCAUUAAAGGUUAAACAAUGAACACUGUCUUUGUAAGUACGCAGACAAGUAUCCACAGCUCUGAUCCCACAGGUACAAAAUUGCGAAAUCCAUUCUUGUUUUAGCAGGUGAGACAUGGGUCUUUAAUUUACAGGCCCUGACGAUAACUUUAUACAUCAAAAGUUUUAAUAAGUGGUAUAUUUCCAUCGUUGUCAUUGACAACGAUGGAAAUAUACCACUUAUUAAAACUUUUGUCUCGAUGGUAUCGAGGCCAAAACACAUCCGAGUCUUCAAGUUACCGUAGAUACUAGAUAGUCAUCAACUUGAUAUCUAAAUGGCUUGAUUUAGUCUGGUAUGGUACUUGCAAGUGUAUAUAACAGUGUUUUUAUAUUGUUUGUGAAAAAACGUUUGUUUGUUGGUUUGUUUUUUUAUUUUGGAUUGCACGGUUAUUUGGAGCUAAUGUGAAAUUGACAUUAACUCCUUGAUUUGGUGCUUUAUGUUUGCUUACGAGAACUGAUGUGUGUACUUUGUGUUUUUAAUCUCUCUUAAUGACCAUCAGCGGUCCACAGCACACCUCUCAUGAUGAUAAGUGCUUUCAAGUGAUGCAUUUUUUUCUAUAGGAAAUCAUCUAAAAUCGUAUUGUUUUCUACAAAGCUCUUAAAUUCAGAAUGUGUACUGCCAUCGAGUAUUGCAGUGACUUUGUCAACGGGGUUAGUAUUGCCUUGCAGUCUUAUGUUACUGCACAGAAUAUUGAGUAGUUAACGUUUUAUUCAGCAUCAAAGCAAUGAGGUACAAAUUGUUUAUUUGUUCUUAGGUACUACUUGUCAUUUUUGUAGCUGUGCAUUGAUGGUGUUUUUUUUUCUUCAAAGAAGUAGAAAUCAUUUCUUUUGAAAGAAGGACUAUACACUGAGGUAUGUGCCUUAUACAUAAUCUGCCUGUUGGUUAAGAGAAAGAUCACUGCCAAUCUUCCAUUGUGAAUGAUUAAAAAAUGAAAAUAAAACAUGUAAAGUGUCUUGUGAGACCUGAAAAAAAUGAAAUGCUCAAAUGCUUAAACAUAUAUAUAUGAGAAGUCUGAAUCUGAUCAGAAACGUUAAGACUUGUGAAAUGCAUUCUACUUGUCUUUGAUUUUGCUUUUUUAAAAAGUUUUCACAUUUAUUGUGCUUUUAUACAUAAUAUGUAAAUGAUAUACUUGUUCUGUAGGAUUAGCAGAGGAAAUUGGGACUAUCCUGGGGCCAAUACAGAACGGACUGUUUGAUUCCCAGGCCCUGGGUCGAGGCCCUCUUCACCAAAAGAGCCAGUUUGCUCCUUUAUAACCGACUACAAAUGUUUGUAUGGUUUUAAUAAAAAUGGAAAUUAUA